GUCAUUCAUUCUUCAUAAAUUUGAACGUGUGCUGACAAAGCAAUCUGCAAGUAUAAAAACCAGCCGAAAUCUGGCAUAAAUCAUCAGUACGACUUUGUCUGAAGAACACAUCGUUCAGCAGCUACUAGAAUCUAUCCAACAUGCACAGCAGCAAGAUUUCGGUCAUUCUGGCCAUUGUUCUGGCCAUCUUUGGGGCUACUUCCAUGGCCGGUCACCUAAGAAGUGGAGGAUACGGUGGUAGUUUCGGUGGAGGACACGUUGGUGCAAUUGGCGUUGGAGGACAUAGCGGUGGAAUAGGAGGAUAUGGUGGAGGACACGGUGCUAGCUUCGGAGGAGGACACGGUGCUAGCUUCGGAGGAGGACACGGUGCUAGUUUCGGAGGAGUACACGGCGGAAGACACGGCGCUAGCUUCGGAGGAGUACAUGGCGGAGGACAUGGUGGAGGACACGGUGGAAGAACUGUUUCUGUUGUUGUCGUCAGGGGAACCGGAGGAGGCCAUGGUGGGCAAGCUGGAGGAUAUGGCGGCGGGUUUGGUGGUGGCCAUGGCUGCCCACACUGCUAACGGCUGAAAGUAAUUUAUUCCAAAUCACUAGUUAUUGGAAAUCCGUCGCUGGCUGACUGGAAAAAAUAAACAAACUAUCAUUGAACAAGAA